AUGAAACCCAGGUACGAUCAGACGCGGCGCAGAGCUCGGUGUCAGCGGCCCCAGAGCAGAGCACAGUGCCGGGGUCGUCCAAAGAAGUCGGGUCAAGCAAAGAAGAAAAACCAAAACAAGGACCCAAAACCUGUCGAUAUCAUAAAUGGGGUACUUGUAAACAUGGGAUAUCGGGAAGAACAAAUGGAGUAUGUGAACACGCUCACCCUAGAAACUGCAGAAACCUUCUUAAAACAGCUUGAUGUCCCUGGUGCCAGCGACCCUGGUGCCAGCGACCCUGGUGCCAGCGACCCUAGUGCCAGCGACCCUGGUGCCAGCGACCCUGGUGCCAGCGACCCUGGUGCCAGCGACCCUGGUGCCAGCGACCCUAGUACCAGCGACCCUGGUGCCAGCGACCCUAGUACCAGCGACCCUGGUGCCAGCGACCCUAGUGCCAGCGACCCUGGUGCCAGCGACCCUGGUGCCAGCGACCCUGGUGCCAGCGACCCUGGUGCCAGCGACCCUAGUACCAGCUUACCUUACAGCAGCAGGUGGUGGAGACUCCCCGCCUCCUCACCUGGGAUGAGUGGUCUUAACUCCACCUCUUCUUCUCCCGGACACUUUAGUCGUCAUCACGACAAGUACAUCACAGUGUAG